AUGUCGGCGUAUUAUGAACCUUCUCAAUGGCCGCCUACCGGCCAGCCUGGUUGGGACCACCAGACCCCCCCUCCUGCACGUUCAGGUGCUAACUCUGCUAUCCCACGCGAAGAGCCUCAGGCCUUCGCUCAUCAGCUAGAGGAGGUCGACCGUGCCAUCGACAAUCUCGUCAAGAGCGGCAAGAUGUUUGCGUACCCGGGGGCCCGUCGUGAGUCCCUGCCACCUUACCCCGGCCCUGCCAGAUUCUACCCAGCUUUCGACGCGCGUCCGCCCGCCAUCCCUGGUGCCCGUCCUCACCCCAUCCCCGAGUUUGACCCUCGUGCCCCCCACCCGGCUGCGAACCUGCAGAACUUUUACGCUGCCCAGCGACACCAGCCCUCACGCGGCUCGAACGAGGCGGAGCAGAUGAUGCAGGCCAAGAGGAGAAUGGCCGCUCAGCGGGAGCGCGAACUUCGGAACUACCAUCAAGAGCAGCAAUACAACCGAACUGUUCUCGCCGGCAUGCCCUAUGGUCCCGACAAGCCCGACCGCACCAUGAGCCCUGGCGGCAUGUCGGAGGAGGAGCGCCGGAAGCUCAUUGCCCAGCAGCGUAGUGCUUUGUAUGGCGAGGGUCCUUUCGGCGAGUCGGGCGGCUAUGUUGAUGAGUCUGGCGCGCCUCGCCCAGGCCUUCCUGGCCCUCAGGCCGGUCCUGCCGGUCUCCGCGGCCAUUCGCCUCUGGCGUAUGACUAUGGUCGUGCCCCUCCUGUCCAUCCUGAUGCUGCCGCUCAGGCUUCUAGUGCCGAGGGUGGUCAGGGCGCCCAGUCUGCUGGCCCCAAUGAGCGCUCUCGCGCCAACAGCAACUCAAGCCCUCAGUCGAACCCUCCUGCCGGCGGCAAGGGCAUGUUUGACUCCCCUGCUGCUGUCCAGCAGUCGAGCCGCACCAGCGCGUCGUCCCCCGGUGGCUCUCCCCCACGUCAGAGCGCUCCUGGUGCCCCCGGUAGUGGCAAGCCAAGUCAGACCACGGUUGCUCCGAUCGGUACUCGCCCUUCGGUCACUAGCGCCCCGACCAAUCCGGCUCUCAACAAGCGCUCGACCACUCCGCUGCCCUCUCCCCUGAGCCAGGGCUACACUGCCUCGUCUGGCAACGAGGAAGGUGCUAACACGGGCAACAAUAACGCCAACUCGUCCUCGGCCGGCACCGAGACCCCCAACGUCGGCCUGGCCGGCUGGGGUGCCCGUUCCAAUGGCUGGGGUAGCAAGAGCGGCCUCGGCACUCAGGCUAGCGUCUGGGGCUAA